CGGAAGAGGGCGGGACGAACCGGAAGGAGGCGAAAUGCUUUCGGUAGGCUUUUCAGGAGGGCUGUGAAGAUGGCGGCGGCUGCGUGGCUUCAGGUGCUACCUGUCAUUCUUCUUCUUCUGGGGCCACAGCCGUCUCCACUGACGUUUUUCAGUAUCGGGCCGACGCCCGUCGCAGCCGCUUACCGGUCUAAGUGGCACAUUCCGCUGUCGUCGGGGAAAAAUUAUUUUAGUUUUGGAAAAAUCCUGUUCAAAAAUACCACUGUUUUCCUGAAAUUUGAUGGAGAACCGUGUGAUGCAUCUUUGAAUAUAACCUGGUAUCUGAAAAGUGCUGACUGUUAUAAUGAAAUCUAUGACUUCAAGACAGGAAACCAGGGCACACAUUUAGACUCCUUUAAAGACAAAAAAGGCUUGUCUGGGAAAUAUCAGACAUCGUCAAAAUUGUUCCAGAACUGCAGUGAACUAUUUAAAACACAGAGUUUUACUGCAGAUUCUGUGCAUCGCUUGCCACUUUUAGGAGAAAAACAGGAGGCUAAAGAGAAUGGAACAAAUCUUACCUUUACUGGAGAUAAAAUUGUAAUGCAUGAACCAUUGAAAACUUGGCAAGAUGCACCAUACAUUUUUAUUGUACAUAUUGGCAUUUCAUCCUCAAAGGAAUCAACAAAAGAAAAUUCACUUAAUAAUCUUUUCACCAUGACCGUUGAAGUGAAGGGACCCUAUGAAUACCUCACUCUUGAAGAAUAUCCAUUAAUGAUUUUUUUCAUGGUAAUGUGUAUUGUGUAUGUCCUGUUUGGCGUUCUGUGGCUGGCCUGGUCUGCCUGCUACUGGAGAGAUCUCCUAAGAAUUCAGUUUUGGAUUGGUGCUGUGAUCUUCCUGGGAAUGCUUGAGAAAGCUGUGUUCUAUGCAGAAUUUCAGAAUAUCCGAUAUAAAGGAGAAUCUGUUCAAGGAGCACUGAUCCUUGCAGAACUGCUCUCUGCGGUUAAACGUUCACUGGCUCGAACCCUUGUCAUCAUAGUCAGUCUGGGAUAUGGCAUAGUUAAACCUCGCCUUGGAGUCACUCUUCACAAGGUGGUGGUAGCAGGAGCUCUCUAUCUUCUGUUCUCUGGUAUGGAAGGGGUCCUCAGAGUUACUGGGUUUUUUCCUUAUUCCUUGGCUGUGAUAAUAAGCCUCGCCCUCUCAGCAAUUGAUGCCUGUAUUAUAUUAUGGAUAUUUAUUAGCUUGACUCAAACAAUGAAGCUGUUGAAACUUCGGAGAAACAUUGUAAAACUCUCUUUGUACCGACAUUUUACCAACACACUUAUUAUGGCAGUGGCAGCAUCUAUUGUGUUUAUCAUGUGGACCACCAUGAAGUUCAGGAUAGUAACUUGUCAGUCGGAUUGGAGGGAGCUGUGGGUGGAUGAUGCCAUCUGGAGGUUGUUAUUCUCCAUGAUACUCUUUGUCAUCAUGAUCCUUUGGCGACCAUCUGCAAAUAACCAGAGGUUUGCCUUUUCACCAUUGUCUGAGGAAGAAGAAGAAGAUGAACAAAAGGAACCGAUGCUAAAAGAAAGCUUUGAAGGAAUGAAAAUGAGAAGUACCAAACAGGAACCAAAUGGAAACAGUAAAGUAAACAAAGCACAGGAAGAUGAUUUGAAGUGGGUAGAAGAGAAUGUGCCUUCUUCUGUGACAGAUGUAGCUCUUCCAGCCCUUUUGGAUUCAGAUGAGGAACGAAUGAUCACACAUUUUGAAAGAUCCAAAAUGGAGUAAAGAAAGGAAAUAUUUGCAAUUGAGAUGCUGGUAUCGAGGAAGAGAUCAGCGUCUGUGUCAGUUGUCUGCACUGCUCUGUGGGGCGAAAGGAGGCAGUGACGUCUUGAUCCGUUCCUUGUCUUUGGGCAUUGAAGCUGGCAAAAAGGUAUCGGAACAAGGAGAUACAUCUUAAUGGAAACAAGUCCAUAGUAUGAGGAAAAUCUACAAGUUUCUUCUUUACAACUUGAUGCCCUUUUUCUCCCACACCCUGACAUGGAUGUUUAUUCAACUUACGUGUGUUGUUCUUCAACCUCCUAUAAUGUUUUGAUUGUUGAAUCUGUCAAACUAAAAAGUUUUAACAUCUUUAAAAACUAUGACAUCAGCACCAUAAUAUGUAAUCUCCAGGAGCAGCUGUCUGUAAAUUUUAUUUAUUUAGGGAGUUACAUAUGUGAUGGGGAAAAUUGUUAAUUAUCUUUCCAUUUCCUGGGAAGCCAAGAUUACAUAUUGCAGAGGUAUUUUUAAGGGGGGGCAAAAAAGAGUCCUGCAUUAAGGAGCCAUGGUUCUAUCAAUGAUUAAAAAAAGGAAAAACUGUUACAGUGUGAUUCAGAUCAUUUUUUUAAAAAAAAGUAAAAUCAAGUGCAAUUUUGUUUACAAAUGGUGUAUAUUAAAGAUUUUUCUAUUUCAGAUGUACUUUAGAGAGAAAUAUUAGUUUAACUCUUUUGACAUCUGUUACUGUGACAUAUCCCAUUGCUGGCAAUGUGGUGCCCAUUCCAGAACUUUUGACUACUGUUUUGUAAGCCUUCAGGGGCAGCAUUGAGGAGUCCUGUAGGUAAUGCUUUACCUUCAUGCCAUUCACUGGGUGUUAGCACUAGAUACAGAGAAACACUUCAUCUUCUAAGUGCUUGUGACUGAGCACCCUGCGAAAGGGACUAUGAUGCUUCAGAAUCAGGAGCUAAUACAAAGGAAACAGGUCCUUCUAGCUUAAUUGAAACAAUUUUUCCUUCAUGAAGUGGUAUGGAGACCCAGUAUUGCUGCUCAUUUUUUAGGACUGACCUUGUAUCUGGUGUUGGUUUAGAAACUGUUAAUGAGAGAGAUCACAGGUUAUGGGAUUCAUUUGAAGCACUAUUUCUGUUAAUGGUUUUAUCCAAUUUUGCCUUCCCAAGAUUUGUGUUCUACAUAGAAAGUUCAUGCCACUUUUUAAUAUAAAAGAAAAUUUUAACAAACUUA